UCAAUCAAGAAGUUAACUUGGUUGCACAUUGCAGUGCAUACUGGUUUUGUAAGUAUUUGAUUAAAAAACUGGAUAUACAACAAGAAGUCUACAACUGAAUUUGUUUUGUCAUAGAAUCUGAACGUGAGAAGAAUGGUGAAGAAGAAGGCAGGCGGAGAAGACUGAAAAAGAAAGAGGGCAAAAGAUGAGACUGUGAUAAUGCAGGUGACAAGAAUUGGAAUUUUGCAGGCAAGUAUGAAGAAGGAGCAGCAGGCAAAGACAAAUACAGACCCACCCACAUACUCAUCCCACAUGGAUUUGUGAGAUAGAGCCUUGAGGACAUCUGCCCCACCCUCUCUCUUUCUCUCUCUCUCUCUCUCUCUCUCUCUCUCUCUAAAUAUAUAUAGUUAUGGUGUUGCCGUGUCUUAAAAAAAUAUGUAAAUGCCAGCUCUAUGUGCUUUGAUCAGAUUAUUAGUUUAAUAUACAUUUUGAUCAUAUGACAAACCUUCCUAUCACUUCCGGGCUGUCUUUCCAUUUGUUAUCUGAGGAAAAAGAAAAGAAACACACGACUUGAACAUCUAUUUUUCUUGGAUCUUGGGACAGAUUCUUUUUACAGUAUUAUUGUUAUUGACUGAUUUUCUUAUAGGUAACUGGAGUCUGGAGGUAAUGUUUGCUGAUAACUGUGGGUACAUUCUGUAUAUUCAUUUUCUAAUGAAUAGCGUGUUGCUGGGUAUUGGGUCCCUUCCUCAGUCUUUGCCUUUUCUUUUCUUUUUUCCUUCCAUUACAAACCAAAAUUUUGGCCUUUGAGAACCCAAUAAGACAUUUUUCAGUUUCAUGCACUGAUUGAUCGCUGCAGAUUUCAGUUUCAGUUUCAGUUUCCCUUUGUGUUCCUUUUCCUUUGUUGUUUUCCUUGAUUGUUGCUAAAGUUUGAGUUUUGAGGAAUUCUUGGAAGAUCCUAAAAUGGGCAGUUUUGUUUCUGGAGGAGAGCUUGUAUGAUUGGGAUUCUGAUAGCUAAAGGACAAAUUUUUGAUAUUUUUGGGUACUGUAUUGAUGGAUGCUAAUUGCUAAAGGUUUUUGUUUUGUUUUAUUUUUUUCAAUUUUUGAGCUGGAAACUAGCUGGAAACCAGUGGGUCUUUCGGAGAGAUCUUUUAAAGUGGCCAUUUUGAUUUAUUGACAAAGUCCUGUUUUUGGAAAUGCGGUAUUUGGAGUUUCGUGUGUAAGGAAAGUGCUUUAUUCUGUUUUUGUUCUUGGAGUUUGUCCUUUAAUUUAUUUUAACGGUUUUGACAGGAAGAGGAAAAGGAAAAGUAAAGAAAUAAGGAGAUGAUAGAGUUCAAUGUUAGCACUUGACUUGCAGUAAAUUGAAGCAAGGACUGCGAAGUUGCCUGAAAUCACUAUUUCAUAAUUGGGUUGCAAAAGAAUUGCUUAGACAUCUUAUAGAUUGUGGUUUCAACAAUUUGGAUCUUAAAACUGGCUAUGCCCUUAGUUUUAGCUUAUGAAAGUAGAGCUUGAAAGGUUGUGAUUCUCUGGUUUUGGAUAAAGGGUUAUGAAAGUGGACGUAUUCAAUUGAAUUGGUUAAAGAUAUGGCAGCAAAACUCUUACAUUCUUUAGCAGAUGAUAAUUCAGAUUUACAGAAGCAAAUCGGAUGCAUGACAGGGAUUUUUCAGCUUUUUGAUCGCCACCAUGCCCUCACUGGUAGGCGUCUCAGCCACAGGAGGCUUCCUCCUCCAGGUGAUCUCCACUUGAGCAAUGGCAGCUCAGAAAGGGAAUCUUUUAAUGGCUACCAUCGGCCUGCAGCAACUGACAUGAAUUUAAGCAGGAACUUGAAUGAGAGGCAGAGAAGUUCCACAGAAUCAGCAAGACCAUCUUUCUCAUCCUCUUGUUCAUCCAUGUCGUCUCUAGAUUAUAACAAACCAGCUCAAUCAGAAGCCUCUUCCUCUGACAGAAUUAUAUUUCCUGAAACUCCAUCAAGGGAUGCUGUUCUAACUCAGCCAAGUACCUCUCCACAUUUUGGACGACAAUCCCUUGAUCUCCGAGAUGUUGUCAAGGGUUCCAUGUAUAGGGAAGCCACAGGACUAUCUGUCAAAACUUCAAAUAAAGAGGAAGCAAUAGGCCAUGGAAUGAAGCAUAAGGACUCUCCAAGGCCAUUACAGCUCUCCAAAUCUGUGGAUGGAUCUUAUGGAAAUGGGAAGAAGGGGAAACAAAAUACUAAUACUCCUGUUGAUCUCAAGGAAUCCCUUAAAGUUCUAGCUAAACUUCGAGAGGCGCCGUGGUAUUACAAUGAAAGUAGAGAAAGGCCACAAUCAUCAUAUGAAUCAAAAGAUGGAUUUUCAUAUACAUCUUGUAAAGAUGUUCCUCGGUUUUCUUAUGAUGGGAGAGAGAUGAAUCGCUUGUCUUUUGAAUCGCGAGAUACCAUCAAAUCCACCCUAAAGCUAAAAGAGCUGCCUAGACUUUCACUAGACAGUAGAGUAGUUUCAAUGCAGGGGUCUAACUCUGAACCAAAAGCAAGUAAUAAUUCUAAAGAUUUAAGAUAUGGUGCAAACUCAAACGAAAAAGUCUGUGAUCUACAGCAACCAUUGGGAACCCAGAAGCGGCCUUCUAAUGUAGUAGCCAAAUUGAUGGGUUUAGAAGCAUUGCCGGAUUCGGCAUCAACUAGUUCUAGUCAGUCAGGUUUAACCAGGAGCUUCCCUGUUGAACAUAGUGAUUCCUUCUCAAUACCAUUGAAACCAAAUGAUCUAAACAGGCCAGUCCGGAUUCCCAAGUCACCAAGAAGCUUAUCGAAAGAGCCAAUUUCACCAAGGUGGAAAAAUCCUGAUCUGAUCAUGAAACCCAUAUCAAGGUUGCCAAUUGAACCAGCACCAUGGAAGCAGCUAGAAGGAAGUCGAGCUUCUCAGAAACCUGCAAAACUUUCAGCAAAAACAUCAAACCCCUUUCCUACAGUUUACAGUGAGAUCGAGAAAAGAUUGAAGGAUCUUGAAUUCAAUCAAUCUGGAAAGGAUCUUAGAGCUCUCAAACAAAUCCUCGAAGCAAUGCAGGCCAAGGGGCUCUUGGAGACUAGAAAAGAAGAAGGGUCAAACUUCGGAUCCCAAAGGGAUUGUGAACCGAGCUGUACUACUAGUCCUGGUCAGAAGCCAAGGUUGUUAAGCCAACGCAACGAACAGACUAACUAUGUUAGUGCUUCCUCUGCUAGGAGCUCUUCAUUGAGGAGUUAUGAAUCCCCCAUUGUGAUCAUGAAACCAGCCAAACUGGUUGAGAAAUCUAGCAUUCAUGCUUCCUCAGUAAUUCCAAUAGAUGGUUUCUCUGAUCUUCAAAAAACUCCAAGCCGUGGACAUGCAGAUUAUAAAAAUAGAUCAGCAAAUAGUCGAACAGCCAAGGAUCAAUUUCCUAGACUCAGUCAUCGGGAUUCUAUUAACUCCAAUGAUAAGAAAGGCAAUGUAAGGAAUAGAUCAACUCAAUCUUCUACAAGACCUCAGCAAUUGCCAAAAGAAAGCACCACAAGCUCAUUGAAAAGCUCAGGAUCUGUGAGCCCAAGGCUGCAGCAGAAGAAGCUUGAGUUAGAGAAACGAUCUCGUCCACCUACCCCUCCAUCUGAUUCAAACAAGCCUAGAAGGCAAUCUAACAAGAUGUUAAACGAAUUAGGUUCUCCUGGUGGGAAGAAUAGACCAAAAUCUCACAAAUUGCCAACAAGUGAUGACCAACUAAGCCAGAUAAGUAAUGAAUCAAGAACUUCAAGUCACCAAGGUGAUGACAUAUCUCUUCAGUCAGACAACACUGUUGUCUUUGACUUAAAGACAGAUAUGGAAGUCACCAGUACUGAACAGCCUAAUGAGCUCAAUAUUGACCACAGUCCAUCCUCAAACGCUGUCAGUCAUGUGGUUUCUGGCUCAGAGCAGAAUAAUCCAACUCCAAGAUUGGAAGAAGAUGGAACGUUGGCAGACUUUGCUGUUGAUACCCCAGAGCAUCCCAGUCCCAUCUCUGUUCUUGAUGCUUCAGUGUAUAGAGAUGAUGCGCUGUCUCCAGUAAAGCAGAUACCAAAUCUGCCUAAAGGUGAUAGUGCUGAAGCUUCCAAGGACCAGUGGGACCCUGCAGAUAACUUCUUAUCUGACAGUGUGGGCUCUGUUCUUACCUCAGAGAUCAGUCGUAAGAAAUUACAGAACGUCGAGAAUUUGGUAAAGAAACUUAGACGGCUAAACUCUACUCACGAUGAAGCCAGCACAGAUUACAUUGCAUCACUUUGUGAGAACACAAAUCCAGACCACAGAUACAUUUCCGAGAUCUUGUUAGCUUCAGGCCUUCUACUCCGAGACCUUGGCUCUGGCAUGACAACAUUUCAGCUCCACUCAUCAGGUCACCCCAUUAACCCUGAAUUAUUCUUUGUACUGGAGCAAACCAAGGCCAGCACUUUAGCUUCAAAAGAAGAGUGCAACCCUGGGAAGACGUAUCAUUCAAAGCCGAACCCAGAAAGGUUUCACCGGAAGCUCAUAUUUGAUGCUGUUAACGAGAUGAUUGUUAAGAAGCUAGCAUUAGAGGAGCAAUCCCCUGAGCCAUGGUUGAAAUCUGAUAACCUGGCAAAGAAGACUCUCAGUGCUCAAAAGCUUCUAAAAGAGUUAUGCUCAGAGAUUGAACAGCUUCAAGACAAGAAAUCAGAAUGCAGCCUAGAGGAUGAGGAGGAUGAUCUAAAAGGAGUACUGUGGGAUGAUGUGAUGCGUCGGUCGGAGAGUUGGACAGAUUUUCACAGUGAACUCUCUGGCGUAGUAUUAGAUGUCGAGCGAUCAAUCUUUAAAGAUUUAGUUGACGAAAUUGUUAUUGGUGAGGCAGCUGGUUCGCGCAUCAAACCAGGUAGACGAAGGCAGCUGUUCGCAAAGUAGCUAGCUUAAUCUGCAAAACACCAUGUUCUAAUUCUUGAUUUUAUAUCUUUCUUUCGUAUUCUGAUAUAUAAAUAUAUAUAUAUAUAUAUAUAUAUUUUUUUUAUAUUAAAGAAAAAUAAAUCUGGAGUGUGUUGGAUUGUAAAGAAAUGAACUACUCAGAUUUUUGACAUUAUACAUUCAUUUAUAAGAAUGAUAUAUAUAUUCAAAUCUUUCUUCUCAGGUUUGAGUUGAAAUUUCUUU